GCCGGAAGCUGCUGGCGGCUGGUGGGCGACCCGCACUCCCGGUGCGGCUCGGCGGUGCAGUGCGGCUCGGCGGUGCGCUGCCGGACCCUGGCCUAGUCGCGACCCGACCUCGACCCCAGCCCUGCCCGGCGGCCCUGUCCGCCUCCUGCCAGCAUUAUGGCGAGCCCAAGGACCAGGAAAGUUCUCAAAGAAGUCAGAGUGCAAGAUGAGAACAAUGUUUGUUUUGAGUGUGGUGCAUUCAACCCUCAGUGGGUCAGCGUGACCUACGGCAUCUGGAUCUGUCUGGAGUGCUCUGGGAAACACCGCGGGCUUGGGGUGCAUCUCAGCUUCGUGCGCUCUGUUACAAUGGACAAGUGGAAGGACAUGGAGCUCGAGAAGAUGAAGGCUGGUGGGAAUGCCAAGUUCCGAGAGUUCCUGGAGUCACAGGAGGAUUACGACCCGUGCUGGUCCCUGCAGGACAAGUACAACAGCAAAGCUGCAGCACUCUUCAGGGACAAGGUGGCCACUCUGGCUGAAGGCAGAGAAUGGUCUCUGGAGUCAUCGCCUGCCCAGAACUGGACCCCACCUCAGCCCAAGAUACUGGCAUCCACGGCCCACCGACCCUCUGGCCAGCCACAGAAUGUGACGGCUUCUGCUGACAAGGCUUUCGAAGACUGGCUGAAUGAUGACCUUGGCUCCUACCAAGGGGCCCAGGAGAACCGCUAUGUGGGGUUUGGGAACACGGUGCCACCUCAGAAGAGAGAAGAUGAUUUCCUUAACAACGCCAUGUCCUCCCUGUACUCGGGCUGGAGCAGUUUUACCACCGGAGCAAGCAAGUUUGCCUCUGCAGCUAAGGAAGGCGCUACAAAGUUUGGAUCCCAAGCAAGUCAAAAGUUUUGGGGUUACAAGCAGCAGCCAGAGCCGGCUUCAGAGUUGGGCCACAGCCUGAACGAGAAUGUCCUCAAGCCUGCACAGGAGAAGGUGAAGGAGGGAAGGAUUUUUGAGGAUGUGUCCAGUGGGGUCUCUCAUUUGGCGUCCAAGGUCCAGGGAGCCGGCAGUAAGGGAUGGCGGGAUGUCACCACCUUCUUCUCUGGAAAAACAGAUGAGCACUCAGACAGGCCCCCACGGCUCCCUGCUCAUAGGCAGAAGGCCACAUCCUCCUUUCCUCAUGUUCUCUUCGGUGUGUCAGGGGACCAUCUCAGUCCUCUCAGGCCCAUGGAGAGCCAGAGCUACCAGAACAGCAGUGGGGAUAAUUUCCAGAACAACACCAUUGACCAGAGCUUCUGGGAGACCUUCGGCAGCUCCGAGCCCUCCAAGGCCAAGUCCCCGAGCAGUGACAGCUGGACCUGCGCAGACGCCUCCACAGGAAGGAGGAGCUCGGACAGCUGGGAUGUGUGGGGCUCGGGCUCUGCGUCCAACAACAGGCACAGCAACAGCGACGGCUGGGAGAGCUGGGAGGGCGCGGGUGGGGAGGGCAGGGCCAAGGCCCCCAAGAAGGCGGCUGCGUCCGCGGCUGUGGACGAGGGCUGGGACAACCAGAACUGGUAGUGCCGGCUGUCCUGCCCGGCCCUGCAGGGUGGCUGCUGUGUUUGCACUCUGCCCUCAUCCAUUCCCCCUUCUGUUUGAUCCAAGCAAGAGCAGUGACUGCAGCACCAGGAUGGCAUCCCAGGCAGGACUUGAGGGGUGCCACCUCCAACCCCGGUCGAGCGCCUGGCAGCGCCCGGCCACACGGGAUGCCGAUCGCAGGCCAGGGGUCCCCCCAGCCUCUGGACUCCGUUCUUGGGACGGGAUGCCAUCGAAAGCAGGAGUCUGCUGCUGCCGGAGGUGGCCAGGCACAGGGCUCUCGGCAAUGCCAGACAUGUAUUUCUGUUGAAAUGUGUUUUUAACUUUCAAGAAGUGGGCUAGCUGUUUUUUUUUUCUUUUUGAAGAAGAUGCCUGAAGUCUUAAAGGUGGAGAUGCUGAAAGCAAUACCAGAGCUCGCACUGCCAUCGGACCCCUCCCCCAGCCCGUGUCUGUGGCAUAUGCUGUGAAACUCACCCCUCAAGCUCUAGCUUUCCUGGGGCGCCGUCCCGCCUCAGUUUCUCUGGAUGAGCCUCACAGCUCUGUGGCUCCGGCCUCUCCUGAUGCAGAGCUGACCUCAGCACUUGAACACUUCCCUUGCCGACACGGAAACGGGAACAGAGUGCCGGCAGCCUUGGUGUGGCCGCCCCUCUGUGCUGGUGCAGGGGCUGCUAGGGAGGGCAGACAGGAGAGCACAGGGCUCCUGGGCCACUUUGGGGGUCCAGGGUGGCUUCCCUGGAGCUGCGCGCCCAGCUGAAGGACACCGAGCAGUCUGGGCCUGCGAUGGCCAGGCCCUCCCUCAGCCUGAGCACUGCGAGGUCCUCCUACACCCACCUCAUCUCAGGCCUGGCCGUCGGGUCUCACUGACCACGUGGAGCCUCCCAGGCUCUGAACCUGUCACCCAUGUGAAGUGCAAGCCGUGUGGGCUCCCCGGACCGUGGGACACGUGUUCUGUGGGCACCAUGCCUGCGAUGCCAGCACCUUGGUCUGACUGCCCUUCCCCCAGGAUCUGAUGACUACGCUGCUAUGGCAUAGCUGGAGGGUGGGGGCCCUCUCCUGCACCACCUCUCUGUGCCCUCGGUUUGACCAGCAGUGCAUGCACCUGAA